AUGUUCUCCAUCAUCUCCAUCAUCACAGCCCUCUGUUAUCUACAGUCCCGUCAGACAUCCAAGGUCGAACAAACAACCCACACUUCCAUCAAAAUGAAGUUCACUGCUGUUAUUGCUACCGCAAUCCUUGCUGGCACCAGCUUGGCUGCCCCUGAGCGCGGCCUCGCAGCUCGUGUCAAAGCUCGUGCAGCUGCCGCUCGGGGUUCUCGUCCUCUUCAGAGUGUUCAGGAGCCAGCAGGCGUGACCAACAAGACAAAUGUGCAGUACAGUUCCAACUGGUCCGGCGCUGUCCAGGAGAACCCUCCCUCGGCCGCUGCCACCUACACCGCAGUGACCGGUACCUUCACGGUCCCGGAGCCCACUGGUGGAUCCGGCAGUUCUUCCGCCUCGGCCUGGGUUGGUAUCGAUGGCGACACCUACAGCGAGGCCAUCCUCCAGACCGGUGUCGACUUUACUGUGACGAAUGGCCAGGCCUCCUUCGAUGCUUGGUACGAGUGGCUGCCCGACUACGCUUAUGACUUCAGCGGCAUCGACAUCUCCGCGGGCGAUGAGAUCGUUGCCAUCGUCGAGUCGCACUCUUCCACCAGUGGAGUUGCCAUUAUCGAAAACCGAAGCACGGGCCAGAAGGUGUCUAAGGAACUUAGCUCCUCUUCGCCCCUUGGCGGAAUCAACGCUGAGUGGAUCGUCGAAGAUUUUGAGGAAAACGGCUCCUUGGUUGACCUGGUUGACUUUGGCACCGUUACCUUCACUGGUGCCGAAGCAAAGGCAGCCGGUGGCCAGACUGUCGGUCUCACCGGUGCAACCGUCAUUGACAUCGUUCAGGGUAGCAAGGUUGUGACCGAUGUGACCAUUGACAGCGACUCCGAGGUCACCAUUCGCUACGUUUAA